AAUAUUAUUAUACUUAUUCAUCUAAAGACCUACUAGGAGAAACAUGUCCAGAAUAUUUUGAAGAUAUACAAAAAAAGUUAAUGGGUAUACAAAAAGAAGAAGCCAAAAGCCAAAUUUGCAAGGUAACUAAAUAUAAUAAAAAAUCUGAAAAAGCAUGCCCUACUCAAAAAAAUGAAAUACGAAGAAAAAACCAAAAUGGUUGUAGUAACCAUAUUAAUAGUCACAAAUACUAUAAUACGACUAAAAGAAAUAACAAUAUUAACAAGAAAAAAUUAAUAGAUAUAACUCUUACUCAAUUUAUUAGAAAACUUAGACAACAAUUAAUUAAAAUUCAAGAAGCUGUAAUUGCUAGCAAAGUGACAACAACUGAAAUAGAAAACUUAUAA